UCUUUUACCCAACACCCCAGCACCCGACCCCAACCAUGAAGACGACGGCCACGAUGAUGCUUCUUGCCUCGAGCGUUGCGCUCACGAUGGCCGCGACGACGCCCGCCCCCGCCCCGACGACGGGUGGUGCCACGCCUGCUACGGCGGCGGCUGCGCUGUGCACAGCGAAAGCUGUCGACAAUGCUUGGGACACCGUCGAGGACGCCGCCGAGCCGAGCGGGAAGAAGUGCGCUGUGGACGCCGGUGUCACCGAAGACGCGCUCGAAAGCAUGAUCGGUGUCACACCGGCGCAGUUCGACUUGAUGGCCAAGUCGGCCAACUGCGCGACGUACUAUACCUUUGUGCAAAAGGCGCUCGCGUCGAUCCAGCCACCGUGUGCCCUCACGAUGACGCCCAAGGUGACGACGACCGCCGACAUGGCUGCGUAUACGUUCCAGCAGUACACGGACUUUUUCAAGGCGUCGUCUUCGGCGUCGGCCAACACGACGACGGUCGCACCGGGCAGCAACAAGACGACGUCGGUGCCUGGCGCAGCUACGACCAAGCCCUCGUCUGUGUCGUCGUCGACUGGCAGCUCGGCGGGGACGACGACCAAGGCGCCGACGCCCAAGCCCACGUCCAGUGCCGCCAGCGUGACGACGGGUCUCUUGACCGUCGCUGCAGUCGCGGUCGCGGCCAUGUAAUACCGUUAUCUACACGAAAUUCAUGUUUUUUGAAUGGACGGCUGUCGUUGGUUUGAAACCGCCA